CUGUUGCCCUCCGGAAAUCCAAAGCUCCCGGCCUCCUGCACUGCGUCCCUGUCAGGCCUGCUAAGCUCCAGCCAAAAAAUCGUUGGCCUCGGUCUGGUGCCUGCUCCUCCUGCCGUCCUCGCUCCUCCCCACCUCCCGCGGCCUCCCACGCGACAUGAUUGCAUUGCGGGCUGCCGCGGAGCUCAGCUCUCCUGUCCUGCCACCACCACGCCGCUGACGAUGCCUUCCUCUCGCCUGCCUCUGCCUGCGCACAACCGAAACGGCUAGCCCGCCCUUCCUCCCCUCCCCUUUGCUUCCGCACCAAGAUUUGGGCGGGCGUUCCUUCUUCCGAUAAAGUUGACACCCGUCGUCUCGUCGUGGGCCUGGCAGAUACUGAUAGGUGGUCUGGUUCGUGACUUGUUCAGUCCUCCUCUCCAGGUGCCGAGCCAGGGUGACUGUUCCGAGGAGCGUGGCGUGGACCCAUGGGGAAGAAGGGCAAGUGGUUCGGCGCCGUCAAGAAGGUCUUCAGCCCCGAAUCCAAGGAGAAGAAAGAGGAGAGGCUAAGGAGGAAAUCAGCAGCUAGCAACCCAGCACCGGUAGAUCUGACCCCAUCUACCUCCCUGGAAGUCAAUGUUUCGGUGCCACCCCCUCCGGCUCCUCCUCCAGUUCCUCGCCAGACCGACGAGGUCAGGGUCCCCGAAGCCGAGCAGGAGCAGAGCAAGCAUGUCACCCUGGAGGAGGCCCCUGCUGCUGCUGCUGCCCCAGCACAGGCGUCGGUGCUGCCACCUGGUGCGCCAACCGAAGAGCUCGCCGCAAUCAAGAUCCAGACCGCCUUCCGAGGUUACCUGGCAAGGAGGGCACUAAGAGCACUACGAGGCCUUGUACGAUUGAAGUCAUUGGUUGAGGGUAAUUCAGUUAAGCGUCAAUCUGCAAGCACUCUGCGCUGUAUGCAAACUCUAUCGCGGGUGCAGUCACAAAUACGAUCUAGGAGAGCAAAGAUGUCCGAGGAGAACCAGGCCCUCCAACGCCAGCUCCUACUUAAACAGGAACUGGAGAAUUUCAGAAUGGGUGAGAACUGGGACGACAGCACUCAAUCCAAGGAGCAAAUCGAGGCAAGCCUAAUAAGCAGGCAAGAGGCAGCGAUAAGAAGAGAAAGAGCUCUUGCAUAUGCAUUUUCACAUCAGUGGAAGAGCACAUCAAGAUCUGCGAACCCAAUGUUUGUAGACCCAAAUAACUUGCAGUGGGGCUGGAGCUGGUUGGAGCGCUGGAUGGCAGCAAAACCUUGGGAGGGACGCAAUGGGACCGACAAGGAGAGCAACAUUGAUCGCGGCUCCGUCAAGAAUAUGAGCUUGAACCUUGGAGUUGGAGAGGGUGAGAUCACAAAAGCUUUCAACCGCCGGGACUCAAAGCCAGAGAAGCCAUCACCACCGACUCCAAAACCGGCCCGUCCAGCUUCCAGGCAAUCCCCUUCGACGCCCUCUGCUAGAGUGGCCCCAAUACCUGCGAGGAGGAAAUCCAGCACGCCAAAGAAUGGGCUUUCACAGGUGGACGAUGACGUGAGGAGCGUGCUCAGUGUGCAGUCUGAGCGACCAAGGAGGCACAGCAUAGCCACGACGUCGACCAUGCGGGACGAUGAGAGCCUCGCGAGCUCCCCGUCGCUCCCGAGCUACAUGGUUCCCACAGAAUCUGCGAGGGCCAAAUCUCGCACAGCAACGGCCAAUGGCGCAGAGACGCCUGAGAAAGGAGGCUCUGCUGGACCAGUCAAGAAGAGGUUGUCUUUCCAAGGUGGAGCUGCGGCUGCCUCACCGAUGCGACGGCAUUCUGGCCCUCCCAAGGUGGAGAGCGCUGUGAAGGACAUUGCUGCGCCACCACAGCCUGAGGCCUUGGUAGCCAAUGGUGGUGGAAGCAAGUGACUUGUAUUGACAAGUUCCAGGAUGGGGGAGCGGGUUAUGGUCUUAUGGAGGGACAUGUUUCAUCCGUGAACAGAAGUUAAGAGUGGUGCCGGAUCUACGAAUGGUUUGAAUUGUUUUCCCGUUACAACCACAUUGUUUGCUGUAUAAGAUUCACUGUACCUGCCAGUUGGUUCCAUUUGUUGUUUUCUGUAAAACAAACAUCAAUUUGUCACUAGAAUCUGUGAUGCUUGUAUGUAAACAGGUCCUCUAUUUAUGUGAGCCAUAUAUUUCAUUUUCAGAAGAUUCCUUGUGCU